ACAGAUAGAAGAAUCCCUCUCCCCAUAUUCCUUUUCUCUGCGCCGGCACCGCCGUCUCGUCUGGUCUGCUCUUCCAUUCCGUUCGCCUUUGAAAACUACCCACACCACAAAGAAAUCGAAGAGGGGAACAGAGGAGAGAGAAGGGAGAUGGCGGAGGCGACGGCGUACGAGGAGCAGCGCCGGAGGCAGGUGGAGGCGAACAAGCGGAAGCUGGAGGAGCUUCAGCUCCACUACCUCUCCGCCGCCGUCAGAGAGGCCGCAGCCGCCGCCAAGCCCUCGCCGGUCAAGAAGCGGAAGGCGCGGGUGCCGCUUGACGCCGCCGACUCCGUGAUGGAGCCACUACGGCGGUCCGGCCGGCUCGCCAACCUCCCCGAUAAGUCCGUGCACCGCGAGGAGGUUCCAACUUUUUGGAGAAAGAUUAGGAGGACGUAUGGAUCAGUGAGAAAAGAUCUGGAAAACCGGGUGUACGCGACCGACGAGGCGAGGAGCUACGCCAUCUGUAAGGCGGAGGAAGUGGAGCAAGAGCUGGACUCCAGCUUCCCCGUCUUCAUCAAACCCAUGACCCAGUCCCAUGUCACCGGAGGCUUCUGGCUGGGCCUCCCAAAUCAUUUCUGCCGGAAGUACCUGCCCAAGCGUGACGAGACGAUCACCCUGCUGGAUGAGGAUGACAACGAGUCCUACACGCUAUACCUCGCAUUGAAGCGAGGCCUCAGCGCUGGAUGGAGAGGGUUCGCUAUCCAGCACAAGCUGGUUGAUGGAGAUUGCUUGGUCUUCCAGCUGACUGAGAGAACAAAGUUCAAGUUGUGCUGUGCAGUCCCCCCCGUGCCGGCUCUCCACCUGCGCCGACUUCGGUGUCUCCAGGACUUGUGGUCAUCAUCUGGAGGUCGCCCCUACUCAUAUGAAGGACUCGAGGUCAUCCUCGGCUCCAGAGUAGCACCACUGCACUAGUGAACUGAGGACCGACGAGACACAAGGUGAGCUCGUCACAAUAGAUAGAGUAUCUAGUUCUUGCCUUCUUGAGUUCUUGGUCUUAGUCUGCUACUCUACUGUAGUCAAUUUUUAGUCAAUCAGUCUUACCACUUACCAUCAUCUGCUAGCCUGCAGUACUGCUAGACUUAUAUAGUGCCUAUUUGCAGCCAUAUUCCUUGUUGGACUGUUGGCAAGGACUGCAUUGCUUGUAUAUAUAUGGUAUAUGGCUAUAUGCUAGAAAUUACAUAGGACGACUAGGGACGACCUAAGGUCGACCAAGACCGAUUAGGCGUCCUAAUCGUCACCCUAAUCGCGAUUAGGCGCCUGGUCGGUCCUCUGGGACGACUAGCUGGUCGCCCGACUUGAAAUCAGUGCCGACCGGAAUCAGAAGCGGCGCAUGUUGUCAUCGCAAAGGUUGUGUUGAAGCGAAGCAACUUCGUGUGUAGCUCGUGGCCAUCAUAUGCAUAUCCUAGGAGUUGGUCUAUUUUGCCCCUGGUUAAGUGGAUAAGCUCUAUGUAUCUAAGGGUAGUUUAGUCUUGUGAAAUAACCCUCUAUAAAUAGGUCGGAUGACUAUUGUGUGCAACUAUCUCUUUGGUCUCUAUAUCAUUAGACUCUUGUUUAGAAAACCGUAGUUUCAUUUCCUAGGUUGCUCUAGUUUUUAGCCCUGAGAUCCGUAGGUGUUUUGUAAACUCCACAUUUGUGUGCUUGUGAUUUUGAGAGGAAGUGUGGCUGUAACCAUCCGCGAUGCAACGUUUGUUCAGAUCAUGUCUCGUUUUAGCUCAAUUGGAGUUUGUUUGAAUUAGUUUCGCAUUCGAAAAAUGAAUUUCGUGCCGCUCAAAACAACACUAGACAGCGAUACAAUUUUGGGCUGUUUUGGAGUUUUAGGUGUUUGAUUUGCGAUCUGUUUGUUUUGUUGGUCUCGUGUGAGUCCUAGGAGCAUUUUCAAAUUAUGAGAUCACUGGUUGGUUGAUGUGUUUUUGGUUUGAGCGAUAUCUUCAUCUCCAUCGAAGUUAAGUUCUCAGGUUCCAUUUUUAAGCAACCGAAUUUGAUUGGCUCCCUUUCACCUCCUCUGGUCGCCUAUUCUUUCUUCACUUAAAACUGAAAUCAAGUUAGAAAUAAGACAUAUGUAAGAAACAAUACAAAACCAUCAUCUAAUGAUAGAGGUAAAUGUUCAAUGGCUUUGGACGCCCCUUCAAUUUCGUUGGCUAUUCUAAUUGUUCUGGCCACUUGGAAGCCUUUGGCUUGUAUGGAACCCUUGUAGAGAGUUUGCAAGAUGAAUAGUUGCUGCAGAGUUAAUCUACCAUGAAUAAAUGAAAUACUCUAUAAAAGGUGCUUUUGGUUGUGCUGUUUGCUGUGAGAAAAGUUGCUUUCUGUUGUGUACUGUGAAAAGGCUGUAGUUAGCUGUCUGUUGCUGAAAAGUUGAAAGUCGUUUGUUUUAAACUGCUGUGACAUUGUAGAUAUAUAUGAUUUGUUGCCAAAUUGACCAUGGCGUAACAUUAUUCGUGAUGGCUGACAUAAUUUUCACCAUUAUAAUAUUCCAUACUUAUAACAAACUAGGAAAUAACUAAGUAAUUGAAAAAUAUAUCAUAAAAUAUAAAGAAGUCCAUAAUUUAUCUUAUAAAGUUUGUCAAUCACAUAGCUAUCUUAUGUAGCUCUUGUACUAGCCAAUGUGGUAGCUAUCCUAUCGAGAAUGGUGUUUAACUGUGUCUUCUUCUUUAUCCUAUCGUGACUGGAGCCACAACCAUGGGAAGAAUUGCGUCCUUAAUCAAAGAACAUAGUUGAGCUUAACUCAGUCACUUUACUAAGUCUUAGGACAUAUCUAACAUUUGAAGCAUCCAUGGAACUUGCAUUAUGCCCGACUGUUGAAGGCAACUGUAACAGUAACUGUGAUUUAGGGAAUAAAAAUUUCUGUAGAAAGAAUUAAAACUUGUUUCAAGCACGGCCUUUUUGCAGGACGAGAUUCACAUGUGUACAAAGGUAAUCAUAAUUAGAGCAAGUUCUUACUAUGAAAGUGAGGACUGAUGAAACUAAUAGCUUGUAAUGUGGUGUUUGGAGCACAGUUUAUGGAGGUGGGCUGCAUUGGACAAGCUUGCAUCUGGAAAUUGCUGGGUGUCUUGAACCUUUUGGGUUACAGAGUUAUCUCAUGUACAAAAUGUUUACACAGCCCAGUAGCUACCAAUUGCUGAUUUGUGUACUUCUUGGGCUUACCACUUGCACGGUUCAGAAACCUGCACUAUGUAAGAGGAUGUUGAUGGCAAUUGACCUCAUUUUGUAAAUGAUCCUCGUUUAUCUUGGAUUCAUUUUUAGUGUUCAGUUUGGCAGUUGACCACCA